AUGAGGACACGUCAUACGAAGUGCUCUGGAAGUACUCCUGGCUGUCAUUGGCACCCACGACCAGAGUUGCUGCAAUCGGUAUACAAGUCUGUUGGGCCCACGCUCGUCUUUCGCUUUGCCGAUAGGGAAGAGAGCGUACGAAUCGAGGUCUGGGCGACGCUUACCGCGCUUGUGAAGCAAGCUAGCGUAUAUGGCUCCGAAGGCGGCUCGACUCGACUCGGCAAAAGGAAACGUGAGGGAGAGGGUAUGGAGGGGGUAGAAAACGAAGGCGGUUUAUCUCAGCUCCGGCAGCUGGUACCACCUGCGACCAAGUCCCUUCUCCAGCAGCUCACGCUGAAACGAAAUGUUGCGACGCUCACGUCUGGCUUCAGCUUGCUACAAACGCUCAACGCUACUCUUUCAGGGAUGCUCGCCCCAUUCUCCACUCCUCUACUGUCCCUCAUGGCCAAGCUGCUCAGUGGCCCAUCUGGCUCGCAAUACCGGAAUUGA